UGUCUAGUUUUAAGGCUGAAAGAGCGUAAAACAACGAAUGACUAAGAGGCAUACCAUAUUUAGAACACAGUUGGAUCACCAUGUGACGAUGUGUCGAGUACCUUCAUUACCUCUAUAUGACCUUCACCCUUGACCUCAAGCCGUGAAAUAUUUUGAAGAAUUUCAUUCGAGUUCUGAAGGAAGGAAGCAUGCUGCACUUUGACAACUGUUCUCUGCAUACCUGUAGACAGUAGAGAAAAACAUCCGUGACAAUAGGACUGUUGUUAUUAACGCAUUUUCCUUAUUUAAUUGCAAUAAGUCGUAUAUUCCGUUUAAUCAUAUGUUAAUGAAUUCCAGCAGUGUUUGCGCCGGUGUGAUUUUCUGAUCCGACAUAGAACAAUUUUUAAACAGUAAUGGGUGUACUUGGAACAUUCUUCUAUGGAGUUUUAUUCGCUGUGGGAUAUAUUGGAUUAAAAUUCGCUGUUGGAACUAAAGAUAAGAUAUAUGUCCGUCUUGUUGGAGGAGAUUCGAAUGGCUCCACCGGGCGUGUGGAAGUAGCUCGGAACUUCUCGGGGCCUUGGGGAAGUGUCUGCGAUGAUUUAUGGACAGAGCGAGAGGCACAGGUUGUUUGUAGAAAUCUCAACUUUCGAUGGGGAACGGCUCAUUCUAACUCACCGUUCGGGGAAGGAUCAGGCUCCAUAUUCCUAGAUAACGUCCAGUGCACGGGCACGGAGAACUCAUUGAGUGACUGUCAGCACAACGGCUGGGGCGUGCACAACUGCCGACACUAUGAGGACGCUGGCGUGUCGUGUUACAACAACUCAGUUCGAUUGAAAUCCAGAGGAGUUACCAAUUUGGGAACUGUGGAAAUUCGGACGGACGCUGGAUGGGUCCAGGUUUGUGAUGACGAGUGGGAUAGGGAGGAUGCGCUUGUCGUCUGCCGAGAACAAAACUACAACAACGGCACGGCUCUCACGGGCUCCAAACUCGGCAAAGUGUCUACACACGACUCCAUGCCGAAUGUCGCGUUCAGCCAUUUCCAAUGUAACGGCAACGAAGCAUCACUUUUAAAAUGCAAACAUCAGAACAAAACAGAGAGAUGUCGCAACAUGAAGCGAGCCUCGGCGAUCUGCUUCAAUGGCCCCAUGAACGAGACUUUUGACAUAAGAUUUGUUAAAACAAACAAUGGAUUGGCAAACACAGUGUGGGGUGAAAUUAGUGUGCGCAGGCGCGGAGUCUGGGGUCAAGUAUGCGGAUCCGGAACCGACUGGAACGACGCGGCAGCCAAUGUAUCGUGUCGUCAAAUGGGAUUCUUGGGAGGAGUCGCUUAUGGAACGGUCAAUGAAACAUUGCGACCUAUUUGGAUCACAAAACUGAAUUGCACGGGUAACGAAACAUCCCUAGAAAUGUGCGUCAAGGAUAAAGACACCUGGGGUCAUCCAGUGCAUUCAUGUAGACCAGCAUAUGCCCUUUGCUACAGGAAAAGUAUCAACGCCACCCUGGUCGAUGGCGGGUCCUAUUACGGACGAGUUCAAAUCACGUAUGACGGCGUCACGGGUACGGUGUGUGAUGAUUCCUGGUCGUCCAGCGACGCGAGAGUACUCUGCAAGUCUAAAGGGUACGCCGACGGGGGACCCAUCUCCAACUCGUACUACGGUAAGGGGAGCGGUCCUAUCAUGAUGAACGGGCUGAGCUGUUACGGGUACGAGUCCUCCAUCUUCCAGUGUAGGAAUGACGGGUGGAUGACAUAUAACAACUCAGAAUGCAGCAACCAUACAAAGGAUGCCUCUGUAAUCUGUUACAAAGAUGUCCGCUUAUCAAGGGGAGACCACUCCCACGGCGUGGUGCAGAUUAUGGAUCAGUAUUGGUCAGUGUUGUGUGGGGAGGGCUUCACGGACACGGACGCCAAAGUCAUAUGUCGUGAGUUGGGAUUCCAGUAUGGCCGAAACCUUCCGAAGGGAACUUUCGGAACCUUUUAUGGCAGAUACUCUAGGCCUAAUAUAAGUUGUCACGGAAAUGAGAGUAGUAUUCUGGAAUGUAAAUAUGACGAGCUGCGGAGCUGUCAGCGAGAAAACUACCUCGGGUACGCCGCUGUGUCGUGCUACAACGGGACAUUAAACAAAACUUUGAAGUUGCGAUUAGAGAAUGGCGCGUUCGGUUACGAGAACCAGACUGGACGAGUGGCGGUAAUGAAGUACGGUAUUUGGGGACGGAUCUGCCCCAGUACGUGGGAUGAUAAGGAUGCUGACGUCGUCUGUCGCCAGCUGAAAUACACCGGUGGCGUUGCGUACCAGGAAACGUCUUCAGGGAGCGGUCCUUAUUUUCUUGGGGAGGUGAAUUGUAAGGGUAACGAGAGCCACCUGUUUAACUGCUCAAUCGGCGUGGAGGAGUGUGACUCUCAGUAUUCCCUGGGGUCCGCCGGUGUACUCUGCUACAAACGGAGAAAACCACAGCUCCGCCUAGUGGGAGGGACACACAACACCGGCCGACUAGAGAUUAUAAUGGACAACGAGGUGGGAACGAUCUGCGACCAGGGGUGGUCCCGUUACGACGCCACGGUCGCCUGUAGACAACUUGGCUUCACUGGCGGGGAAUUCAGAAGAGGUUUACCGGGACCCAAUGAGACGAAGUUUCUGUCUAGUAUGAAUUGCUUCGGCUCCGAAUCCAGUAUAUUCAUGUGUAGAAACCCAGGCUGGAAACAGAACAUCCCCACAGACUGCUACAAACCCAACCGAAACGCAGGGGUGUUUUGUUACAACAAUGUCCGCAUUAGCAGUGGUCAAACAGAGGACAACGCCACGACGGGACAAGUGGAAAUGUACGUGCGCGGUAACUGGGUAACCGUGUGCGCUGAUGGUUUCGAUGAAAGCGACGCGCAAGUCGUGUGCCGAGAGCUCGGAUUUGGCAACAGUAAAACGCUCGUCCCCGGGGCGUUUGGCUCCAAGUAUUACACCAACUCCAUCCUAAACCUUAACUGUACCGGAACGGAAGCUACAAUCAAAGAGUGUACAUUUGAAGAGGGGACAUGCCAUCAGCGAUCUUACAAUUAUGCAAGCGUCAUUUGUUCAAAGUACUCAAUGGCGAGAGAACAGGUAGACCUGUUGCCCCGUGAGGAUUUCCCCGACACACUGCUGGUGGAGAAGUUUGGUAUCCAGGGAACAAUCUGUGCAGAAAAUUGGGAUGAAAAAGCGGCUACGGUGGCAUGUCGGCAGUUAGGAUACACGGGGGGCGUGCCGUUCGGACCGAGAUACUACAGCUCGCGCACCCCGAUCUGGUUGUCCAGCGUUAACUGCACCGGGAAAGAGAGGAACAUCAAUGCCUGUAGCAAAGCUGUAUCCCCGGUGAGCCAGACCUGUCUCUCAAGUAGACUUGCUGCCAGGGUCUUCUGCUACAAUGGAAAGGGAUUUAAUAUCCGUUUGGCGGGGACGGAUAACAACUACAGCGGCCGUGUUGAAAUCUCUUACAACGGUGUCUGGGGAACCGUAUGUGACUCCUACUGGAACAAUAACGACGCUAGGGUUGUUUGUCGUCAGCUGGGUUUCGUUGACGGAGUCGCCCAGCCCCGGGGGAAGUACGGAGAGGGAGAGGGUCCAUCCUGGCUGUACUAUGUACGUUGUGAUGGAAAUGAGAAAUCCAUCUGGGAAUGCAGCAACAGUGGUUGGAACGUAACCCACACUUCCUGUAGGACACACGAGUACGACGCAGGAGUGUACUGCACGGGGCAAGUACGCCUUGAGCCCAACAUCACCUUUGGUGCCGUGGAACUUUGGCAAGAUACACAAUACGCUCUGGUGUGUGCAGACGGAUUUGAUGACACCGAUGCGAAGGUUGUAUGCCAUUCCCUAGGAUACAGAAACGGCAUAAGUAUCUGUUGCUCGGUCUUUGGCGAUAUGCCCGAUUACAAGAUAUCUAUUAAUAACGUCCAGUGUAAUGGGCACGAGAGCUCCAUUCUACAGUGUGCUUACUCCAACAAUGCUGACGGCUGUCCUAACAACCGAUACGCCUCUGUCGCCUGCUCUAACGCCGCCUCAAGCGGAGCAUACGAGCUUCGUCUGUCUGAAGAUAACAAAGGUGUUGUUCAGGUUCGUCACCUCAAUGUUUGGGGUUCAAUCUGCUCGGAUGGCUUCGACAACAAAGAUGCCAAAGUCGUGUGUCGGGAACUGGGAUACCAGGACGGGUUUUCUUACUACGAGCACGAUUUCACUAAACGCCGAUUGAGUUUGCCUUGGUUAUCAAACCUCAACUGCACUGGCAACGAGGGUUACAUCGCACGCUGUGGAAAUAUUCGAUGGGGAAACGUCGGAAAUUGUUCACAGGACACUAAAGCAGCGGUCUACUGCUUAGAAAAUGCUAAUAUUCCACUCCGUCUCACAAACGGGUCCAACAACUCGUCAGGUCGGGUUGAAAUAUCCAUCAACAACCAAUGGGGAACGAUUUGUGGGUCAGGAUUUUGGGAUGAUGAAGAUGCUACUGUUCUAUGUCGCAUGCUGAACCACACCAGUGGUCGAGCCUUACGGUAUGGUCAAUUCGGCGCAGGUAACGGACCAAUCUGGAUCGCGUAUCUCCGUUGUCAAGGUGAUGAGGAAUCCAUCUUCAAUUGCCCUAUGUCCUUCAACGAGCAGCGUUCCACGUUGAGUGGGAUGUUUAUACCACGAGGUGGAAAUCGACACAUGUGUUUUUCCCACAACUCCGAUGCCGCUGUUCAGUGUUAUGAUUCAGUCCGACUUGUUGAUUCUAAGGACGUUUUCUACGGUCGUCUGGAGAUGUACAUCAAUAAGACGUUCGCCAGUGUCUGUGACGAAGGUUUCACAGAUCGCUCUGCUAAGGUGGCCUGCAACAUCCUGGGAUUCCCAUACGGAAAGAAGCAGUGUUGCUCCGCCCUUGGUCCACAUCCGGUAGACGCAAUAUCCGUGACAAACGUACAAUGUCGUGGAAUAGAGAGGAGCCUGGAUCAAUGUCCUCAUCAGUCCACGACAAACGUGAAGUGUAGGAGUGGAAAAUACGUAUCCGUGUACUGUUCCAAGGAUCAAAUCGUCUCCAAAGAAUUGAAGGUCAAAAUUCGGGAGGAGGAAAAAUAUUAUGGAUCUGUGGAGGCUAAUGAAUAUGGUUUCUGGAGUCCCGUAUGUAACGUGGACUGGGAUGACCAUGACGCAAACGUCACGUGCCGACAGAUGAACUUUUAUGGGGGUGUUGCUUUCAGGGGAUCGUCCAGACUGACUACUCCUAUCUCCGUGGGGAGAUUUAACUGCAGCGGCACGGAGCAGAGGCUAAAAGACUGCCCUCACAAGAAGUUUGAGGAAGACCUAGGCUGUUCCGAGAAGAUCGAGGGCCGCUUUACCAGAACAUCAGCAGGCGUCUUAUGUUAUCAAGAUCCAAAUGGAGUGAAAUUCCGCAUUGCUGGGGAAGGAAAGAGCGGUAUUGUGGAAGUUUUAUUCAACGGUAAAUGGGGACGCGUUUGUAAUCGGCGUUGGGAUGACAGAGACUCGCGCGUGUUCUGCCGUUCUAUAGGGCGUGGUUUUAUUGACGGUGAGGCGGGUCCCUCUCCGGACAGGACUAGUACUGACUAUGUGUGGAUAGACUACGUGGAUUGUGAUGGAAAUGAGAACGGACUCCUGCAGUGUAACUUACACUGGGAUCCGGACUAUUCUCAAUGUCAAGACGCCACCGUCAUCUGCAUGGACAAUGUACGAUUGGACAAAGGGGAUAAACAGAGUCACGGGGUGGUACAAGUCUACAUGGAAGACAACUGGGGCACUGUUUGCGGACAUUUGUGGUCUGAAGCCGAUAUACAAGUGACUUGUCGACAAUUGGGAUACGAGCGCGGACUAUCUGUUUGUUGUGGUGCCUAUGGUUAUAGUUACGACACUGGAGUUAUUGACAAGGUCAACUGUACCGGAAACGAGAAAAGCCUUCUAAACUGUACCGCACAACCGCCGGUGGCGGCGUGUCAUCAAGACUACGCGGCAGUUGCCUGCUACAACGGACAACUUCCUUCAAACGAUGAGUAUAGCUUGGGUAUAUCUGGCUCCAGCAACAAUUCCGGGUCUUUAGAGUUGACGUAUCUGAAUAUUUCUGGGCGAAUCUGUGCUGAUGAAUGGGACGAAAAGGACGCUACUGUUGCCUGUCGACAGAUGGGCUACGUCAAAGGUUUGCCAUACAAACACAAAAUACUGUUUGCUAAGGGUACACCAAUAUGGACCACAAAAGUGAAUUGUACCGGAAGCGAAUACAAGUUAUCCCAAUGUCCGAAUUUCACGCUUGGUCGCGUCAGUGAUUGUGUAGAGAGAUACGAUGCUGGAGUGGUUUGUUACUCGACUGUAGGAGUGAACUUCCGGUUGACAGGUGGGACUUCCUACUACGGGCGGGUGGAAAUGGCUGUGGAUGGUCUGUGGGGUACGAUUUGUAAACGAUUUUGGGACAACCCUGAGGCCACCGCCUUCUGUCGAUCUCUGGGGUUCAAUACUGGUUUCCCGUAUCACAAAAACCACGACCUACGGGCGGACAAUCAUGUUCCUAUGUAUGAACCUAACAUGCACUGUAAGGGUCAGGAAUACUCCCUCCUGGACUGUCCACACGAGGGAUGGAAGCGGAACUUCUCCAAAGCGUGUGGAUCUCAUGAUAUGGACGCCACGGUGCACUGCUACAAUACAAUCAAACUGGACACGGGUAUUGGAAUAGAGACGAAGCACGGCCCAGUGAUGUAUUACUACAACGAUACUUGGAGUUUAAUCUGCGACCAAGACUUUAACGACAUGUCUGCCCGCAUGGUGUGUCGAGAGCUGGGAUUUGUGGAAGGCAAAGCAAUCUGUUGUUCAGCGUAUGGUAAAACAUUUGAUCCGAUUCUGGUCGGGAAAUCCCUGGUGUGUCGGGGCACGGAAAGCUCCAUCACGGAGUGUCUGAGGGACUCUAAGUGUGAUAAGUACGAUACUUACUCCUCCGUCAUGUGCUUCACGCCGGAGGACCUCAGGAACGAAACGGCGAUGACAGGAGACUUGACGUUUGGAUUUGUGAAUCCCAAUGAUCCUGAUGGAUCUCCAUCCACCAAGUCCGUUAUAGGGGGCAUAGUGGCAGUGUCACAGUAUAACGUCACCGGAAGAGUCUCCAGCCGCCAUUGGGACGAUAAAGAGGCUGGUAUCUUCUGUCGAAAGUUAGGGGCGAAGUACGGUCUCGCUUACCAGACAUCUCCCAACCCCAUCCGGUCAGAUCCAGUGUUUCUCGUCAGUGAUUUCAAUUGUACCGGAAAAGAGCAGUCUUUGGAAAAAUGCAAAUUCCAUGGCCGCCAUUUACUUGGAAAUAGCUCAAUGGUCAACGCAGCUGCAGCUCUGUGCUACAAUGAAUCAGGAAUUAAUUACACGCUCGCAAAUGGUGGCAAGAAUUAUGGUCGAGUGGAGUUGGCCUUUAAUAACCAGUGGGGAACCAUCUGCGAUCUGUCCUGGGAUGACAAGGACGCCGGUGUCUUCUGCCGAAUGAUGAACUACUCAGACGGGUACGCCAUCUCGGGCGCUAAGUACGGGGAGGGAACAGGACCAGUCUGGCUCAGCCAUCUUGUCUGUAAUGGCGAAGAAAAGUCAAUUCACGCAUGCGCCCACAGAGGAUUUAGUAAAGAAGUAGUUACCAAUGGGUGGAAGAAAUGCACUUCUCACAAAGACGACGCUGGAGUCUUCUGCGUCAACAAGCUGAGAUUGAAUCUCGGAUACAACGCCUCCAUGGGAGGGGUAGAGAUUUAUCAUGGAAACGAGUGGGUGUCGGUCUGUGAUGACGGAUUUAAUGGACUGACGGCGCGCGUCGUCUGCCAGACUCUAGGAUAUAAGGAAGGAACAGUGGUGUUAGGAUCCGCUUUUGGAGAUACCACUGGACCCAUCAGGGUACGCCGCAUUGACUGUGGUGGAAAUGAAAAAGACCUUUUCAACUGCAACUUUGAAUUCACUAAUAAGGACAUCUGCAAGAAGUAUAUAUCCGUAUACUGUAGUAACGUUCAGAUCUACAACACAGGAUUUAACCUAACGCUAGACCGCGAUGAUAUCCACGCUGAUACCCAUGGUGAAGUUAUGGUCAACAUGAAUGGAAUUUGGGGCAGUAUUUGCAUGAAGGGGUGGAGUGUAAAUGAAUCCAAUGUUGUGUGUAGGAACCUGGGCUUUAAAGGUGGAGUUCCUUAUCUUGUGCCCUCAAACAAAAACUACAAACGCCCGAUUUUGAUGAGUGAUGUGCGAUGUACGGGUUCGGAAACCAGUCUGGCGCAGUGUAGACACAGCGAAUGGUAUCAAGGAUCGAGCUGCACUUACAAAGACAAACGCGCAGGCGUACUGUGCUAUACACAACCCAACGGUCUGAAGUAUCGAUUGAGGAACUCGUCUCAUGUCGACAGAGGUCGUGUUGAGAUCAUGUACGAUGGGAAGACGGGAGGUGUCUGCAACUUCCUGUGGGACUCGAGAGACGCCUCCGUGUUCUGCAAAAAUUUAGGUUAUCUCGAUGGUAUAGAGAUUGAGGGCGGACAGUUCGGUAAUCCUGAUGACAUGCUGUGGUUUACCCGGGUUGGCUGUGCCGGUGACGAGGACGAGUUGAUGAAAUGUGAUCACUCCGGCUUCAAUAGUUCCGGGAAGGUGGAAUCUACAUACGAACGACUCUGUAGGAGGCGCACACGGGACGCCGCGGCCUGGUGCUUCAGACAAAAAGUCGAAAUCACAAAAGUGAGGUUAGCAGGUGCUACUGGCAGCAGUACAAAUCAAGGCCGUGUCGAGGUGUUUGUGGCGGGUCCCAAUGAAUGGGGCACUGUGUGUGAUGAUUAUUGGGACGAUCGUGAUGCCACUGUCGUCUGCCGGAGUCUAGGGUUCGAAAGCGGAAUCAAGAAAAAACACGGUGUGUUUGGGCGUGGAUCUGGUCCUAUCUGGUUAGACAACGUGGACUGUGUAGGAGACGAGGCGGGGAUUCAGAAAUGUCGCCAUAACGGCAUCAACAUUCAAAACUGCAACCACGGAGAAGAUGCCGGUGUCAUUUGCACAGGUUUACUGAAGGCUGUGGAGUCUGCCCAGUCGAUGGUUGACACUGACAGUUCUGUAGUGAUUGCUGUGACUGUGCCCAUCAUUAUAACUCUUCUGACAAUAUUAGCUAUUCUUAGUGGUUGUUAUUGGUAUCAGAGACGAAAUAGUGAUGACGGUAUGAAAAAUGUACUCGUGGAGAGCGAAAUUACGGAAACCAACGAUUCAGCGGCUUCCGCUACCGCUUCCGAUUCGUCAGGGAGGGUAACUCUGUCCAAAAUUAGAGCUACAUUCUCCAAAACAAAGGGAAAUAAGACGAAAGGUUUAGGAAAUCCAAACUAUGCCGAUUUUGAAUCACACAUUCCCGGCGAAUCGACGUCAUAGUGACCAGACUUUAUUACAACAAAUUAACUAAUGAGUGAAAGCUUUGUGUGGAAGAAUAUUUGACACAAAUUCAUCUUAUUUGUGACAAUCUUAAGAGGGAGUAUUGUAGUGUGGACAUUCUUAUCAUUGCUUCAGUGCUAAAUUUCAACAUUUUUCGCUUUGUUUGGAUGUGAAAUAUAAUUUUUCUAUAUCUUUUAUCAUUAAAGUCAUUUGUGAUA